CAAAUUUAAUAAGAAAAGAAUGAUUUUUCCUCGUUCAGGUUCUCUAUUUUGCCCUCACAAUGGAGUAGUAGUAGGCUUGGGUCGAAGAUGAUACCGUAUUAUGGAUAGAGCUUUCACUCACCAAAAAGAGAGAGAGAAUACAGAGCAUCCACAACAAUACCACCAACCUUCUUCCCACCACCUCAAUAACCUUUGUGCUCCCACCUGCCUGCUACUUGGGAAGCUCAGGGAUAGCUGCAGAGCUUCUACGACCUUCAGCGGCCGCUACCUUUCUUUAUUUGGUUUCUGGGUCUCAAAGUACGUGCUACAUUGGUGCUCCUCCUCGGACAAAGUUAGCUCCUCGAGUGGCGCUACUGUUGUUGGUGGUAGUGGUGGUGGGUUUCGCCUCGGGAAGUUCAAGUUCAGUUGCAUGGUCGUAAACAACUCUGCUUUCUGCGACUCCCCUGGGUUUCUCAAAGACGAAGAAGCAAAAAUGGCCAACGGAAGGAGGCUUGGCGGGGGGAACAAUGGAGAGGUUGUUCGGACUUUUGGCGAAUUUAUGGAAGACAAAUGCAGAGAAAGCAGUUCGAGCUCCGACUUCUUGACCUCGGAGACGACAGCCCACGAGGAGGAAGAACAGAGUCGUUGUAGCUCCGAUGGAGAAGAGGAGGAGUCUAUCUCGCCCCCGCCGCCGUCCAUGCGUUGGAGCGUGAGAAAAGAUGAAGUCCCUGAUUGUACCAGCACCAAUAUCUCCGCCGAUGAGGAAGAGAAAGCGGGUGGGAGGAAGCCGAACGAACGCGGGUCUUCAAUUUCUGAGAUAGAGAUGAUGAAGGAAAGAUUCUCGAAGCUGUUGCUUGGUGAAGAUAUGUCAGGCUGUGGGAAUGGGGUUUGCACGGCGUUGGCUAUUUCAAACGCCAUUACUAAUCUCUGCGGUAAGGCCACCUCUCUGUUCUCUUUUUUUCCCCCCGUUACCAUUAACUCUAGCUUUCCCCCACUGUCUUUGUUUUUAACGCUGGUGGUUACAGCGACUCUGUUUGGGCAACUAUGGCGAUUGGAGCCUUUACCGCCAGAGAAAAAAGCAAUGUGGCGCAGAGAAAUGGAAUGGCUUCUCUGCGUGAGUGACCACAUCGUCGAGUUGAUUCCUUCAUGGCAGACUUUUCCUGAUGGAAGCAAGCUUGAAGUCAUGACUUGUAGGCCAAGAUCUGAUCUUUACAUAAAUCUACCUGCUCUCCGCAAAUUGGACAACAUGCUUCUCGAAAUAUUGGACAGUUUUGAGAACACAGAGUUCUGGUACGUUGAUCAAGGUAUCGUAGCAACUGAGACAGACGGGUCAUCGUCCUUUCGACGAAACCUUCCCCGCCAAGAGGAAAAAUGGUGGCUGCCGGUGCCACGUGUUCCUACCGGUGGUCUCCAGGAAGAUUCAAGGAAGCAAUUGCAGCACAAAAGGGAUUGCACAAACCAGAUACUGAAAGCCGCAAUGGCAAUCAACAGUAUUGCUUUAUCUGAUAUGGAAGUUCCUGACUCCUACUUGGAUGCUCUCCCAAAGAAUGGGAAGGCGAGCUUAGGGGAUCUAAUUUAUCGAUACAUUUCGUCGGACCAAUUUUCCCCGGAAUGCCUCCUGGAUUGCCUUGAACUCUCCACCGAACACCAAGCUAUAGAACUUGCGAAUCGAGUCGAGUCGUGCAUCUACGUGUGGCGAAAGAGGUCCAACUCCAAAUCCACAGGCAACAGCAACACGUCUCGGUCGAGCUCCAAGUCUUCGUGGGAAUUGAUGAAAGAGCUGAUGGUAGAUGGAGACAAGAGAGAAUUGCUUGUUGAUCGAGCGGAAAGCUUGCUUCUCUGUUUGAAACAGAAGUUCCCUGGUCUACCCCAGACAGCUCUAGACAUGAGCAAAAUCCAAUACAACAAGGACGUUGGGAAGUCAAUUCUGGAGAGCUACUCGAGGGUUUUGGAGAGCUUGGCAUUCAACAUCGUUGCAAGGAUUGAUGACCUGCUCUACGUGGACGAUCUAACCAAACAUUCGGACCAGUUCCCUUCCAUCUCUAAAGUGAGUGUGAUUGCUCACCGGAGCGUCAAUAUCCCAUACUCUGUUCCGGUGUCGAACAGUCCAUUCAAAACAGGAUUCACGGGGCCAAACUUUUCACCGGCGGCGGUGAAAGGGGAGAAUGCGACAAAAUCACCCUUCAGGACUAGUGGGAAGAUACCACAGCGAGGGUUUGGUGUGAAGAAGGUGUUGACGGACUAUCUUAGCGUGGAAGGGAAGCCGAACAAGGAUUAUGGUGGUAUGAGUGAGAAUGAAGGAACAUUGGAGAAGAGGAUUGAGAAGAAAGCUGCAACCACUUCUCAACGUGGGUUUGAAUCUUGUGACCGGUUAAGAGAAGGCGUGGGGUCGUGCAGUGGCUCACCAGCUGAGGAUCUGUAGGUUUUGGGGACUACUGAGAACAUGUAAUGCUCUUCUUUCUUCAUUUUGGGGACAAUGGAGAUCUGUAAAGUUUAGGGAUGGCUGCUGGUGAUAUAGUAUGUGAAUUCCAUCUUUACUUUUGCAGAUGACAUAUAUAUGAAGAUGCCUUCAACUUCUUCCGAUAAUGAGAUAAAAUAAAGGGUUAAUAGCUCCUUUACUAUCGCGAGAUAAUUAACA